AUGCAGCAGACGCAGGACAGCGAUGGUCCGGUGAGCAGGCAGCUUGAGGACGCGCUCGUGGAGCUCAUUGAGCUGCACCAGGACCUCACGACCUCGUUCGUCCCCGAAGUCCGGUUCCCGCCCUCGCCUCUGGAGUUCCUGCGCCAGGUUCACACCAACUUUCCAAUGAUUUACAGAGGUGCUGCGUUUGAGUGGCCGGCUUUCGACCCCACCUCCGGCCGUCGGUGGUCGAAGCAGUACUUUUUGGAAAAGCUGGGGAGCGCGACUGUCUCUGUUGCCGAGACCCCGUUCGGAAACGCAGAUUCUCCGGUCGGCGAGCAGUUUGUGCAGCCGUUCACGUCGACGAUGCCGUUCACAGAGUUCGCAGACAAGCUGGCGGACAAGGACGCUGCCACCGUGUGCUACAUGCAGUCCCAGAACAACAACCUGCCUCGCGAGUUCCCACAGCUGGCUGACGAUGUUGAUAGUGAGCUGUCGUGGGCGUCGGAGGCUUUCGGCGCGCAGCCAGAGGCGGUGAAUCUGUGGAUAGGAAGCAGCAAGAGCGCUACAAGUUUGCACAAAGAUCCGUACGAAAACUUGCACGUCCAGGUUCUCGGCGAGAAGAUCUUCAAGCUAAUCGCCCCAGCAGAAUACAUCUGUGUGAAGGAGACCGCACUGCGGCAAGCAGAAUACGUAAAGGCCGGGGACGACAACGACUUCUCCGUAACCGAGGACGGGACCACUGUGCCCUGGCCGACGAUGGACCCGGACGCCAUCGACGGCAGAGACGAGUGGCAGCGGCGGUGUCGGGUGCUGGAGGUCGUUCUCCGCCCGGGCGACGUGCUGUAUCUGCCCGCGCUGUGGUUUCACAAGGUGUCGCAGGUCUCGGACGAGGACGGGCUGUGCUGCAGCGUGAACUACUGGUAUGACAUGGAGUUUACGGGCCCGCUGUGGGCGAUGUCGAGUUUUGUGAGGCAAUGCUCGCGAAUAGCACGGGCGCAGGGCGGUGCAGGAUAA